AGUCAUAUUCUGCUAUUGAGGCAUUACAGGCAUCCUGUCAAAGAAAAGGUACUGCAGACUCUCAGAGGUGGACCAGACCUAAGAAAUCUUCCAAAUCAGACUGGGAAGGACUUGCCUGAGACCAUAUAGUGGAAGAGCUGGGACCAGAGGCCAGGACCCCUGUUUCCCGUUCCAAAAACUUUUGCACCUCAAGGCUGAUGAGGAGGCAGCUGAAAUUGACGGUUUUACUGGGUUCGACUUUCAUGGGACUGUUGGUGCUGCUGGUAGAUCAAGAGCAGGAUUCCUGCAUACCUUCAAUGGAUCCGUGGCCCUUAUCCCAGAAAGCCCCCACCGAAGACCCUCCGGGCCUCACUUCGAGGAAGUUUGAGUGGCAGGCUCGGACACCACAUCCCUUGGACCUGAAGUACCCUUAUCCCUACCCCUUCCUGAUCAACCAUCCUGACAAGUGUGAGAGUCCUGGAGGUGCCCCCUUCCUGCUUAUGCUGGUGAUGACUCGGCCCCAGGAUGUAGGGAUACGCCAGGCCAUCAGGCAAACAUGGGGCAAUGAGACCUUGGUUCCUGGUGUGGUCAUCCGCCGCCUCUUUGUUCUUGGCCUGCCCCAACCCCUCUUUGCCCAGGAACUUCGGGCCCUCCUGGAGGACGAAGACAGGGAGCAUGGGGACCUCCUCCAGGUGGGCUUCCUGGAUACAUACCACAAUUUGACUCUCAAGGUCCUCACCGGGCUGGAAUGGAUGGCCCAAUACUGUCCCACUGCCCACUAUGUGCUCAAGGUGGAUACUGAUGUCUUCCUAAAUCCCAGCUACCUAGUACAGCAAGUGUUGCGGCCCAACGGACCCCUACGGCCCAAUUUUAUCACAGGCUACAUCUACAGAAAUCCAGUCCCCAUGCGAAGACCAGGUCACAAGUGGCACAUGCCCCCAGAGCUGUAUUCCCAGAACAAAUAUCCAGACUAUUGUGCAGGCCCUGGCUAUGUGAUGUCUGGCUCCCUGGCCCUCAGGAUCCUGAGGGUGGCUCAGGGAUUCAAGGCCCUCUACCUGGAGGAUGUGUUUGUGGGGUUCUGCCUGAAACAGCUUGGGUUAAAGCCCACACCUGCUCCCCCCAACACCUUCCUGGUAGUCAAGAGGAAGUACGACCAUUGUGCCUUCCACAAACUUGUCCUGGUUCACCACUUCCAGCCCCAAGAGUUACUACAGAUAUGGCCAGACUUCCUGACAGCUAAUAUCACCUGCUAAGUGGUAUAGUGGUUAGAACACUGGACCUGGAAUCAGAAAGAGCUGUGUUCAAAUGUGGCCUCACACUAGGAAGGCACUUAACUUCUGUUUGCCUUGGUUUUCUCAACUGCAAAUGAAGAUAAUAAUAGAACCUGCCUCCCCGGGUGGUUGGGAGGAAUAAAUGAGAAAGUAUUUGUAAACUGCUUAGCACAGUGCCUGGCAUAUAAUAAUAGAGGGAGGAUUUAGCAAAGGGACCCACAUGCCCCCUCCCCCUACCUUGUCCCACAUAGCUAGAAAGAAAGAGGUCACUAGUUCCAAUCCAUAGGGUUUGAUUUUCCAAGCUGACUCUGCUUCUCAAGGCAGGCCGAUAGCCCAGUGAUCUCUGGAGUUG